AUGUCUUCUGGAUUACCAAAGACAUGGACAAAUUCCAGUGGACAUGAAGGGAGAUACAGGCGGAAAGUUGGAUUCGAGGCUUUUGAACCUGAUUCAGAUGCUCUAUUCGCGUACACAUGUCAGGCCAAAUCAGAGGGUUACAAACGAUCGCGUAACACUCGAGUCUUCGCAGUGGCCGUAUCGCCAGACGAGUCGGGAGAAGAUGCUCUCGACUGGCUGAUGACAGAGCUGGUGGAGGAUGGGGAUGAAAUCGUGGCCAUCAGAGUGAUAGACAUUGACGAAGGAGAGAAGACCGAUCCGGCGCAACAGGAUGAGUUUAGAGAAGAGGCUCAGACUAUGCUCUCAAACAUCUUGGACAAGAACAACGAAGCGGAUGGUCGAAAGCUUUCAAUCAUCGUGGAAAUGGUCGCUGGAGGCGUGACAAAGACUCUGUUGAAGAUGAUAGCGCUCUACAGACCUGAUUCUAUGAUAGUGGGAACCAAGGGUAGUCGGACGCGUUUGCAGAAAUGGGGUAUGGCGAUGGGCGCGCCAGGAAUGGGUUCAGUGUCUCGAUACGUCGUAUCUCACUCACCAGUUCCAGUCAUUGUAGUCAGACCCGAACGCAAGGUCAAGAAGACCCUUGCCAAGCGCCAGAACAAUCCUAAACGUGGACAAUACGCUGCUCUCAUCGGCCCCGAUGGUGCUUUGUCGCUCUCACGAAGUAGAAGUAGAGGCAGUAUAGGUGGUUUGAGUGACAGAGAAUGA